UUUGUCAUCGGUCAGGUAAUGAGAAUGAGACCAUUGAACAAAUCGAUGAAGAUAUAGCCGUGACUCAGAGUCAGAUGAACUUUAUUUGUCCCAUUACACAGGUGGAAAUGAAGAGACCAGUUCGAAACAAAAUCUGUGGACACACCUAUGAAGAAGACGCCAUUCUAAAAAUUAUCCAGACUCGAAAGCAGCAAAAGAAAAAAGUCCGAUGCCCUAAAAUUGGCUGUAGCCAUGCUGAUGUAAAAGGAUCAGAUCUUGUGCCAGAUGAAGCACUUAAAAGAGCGAUUGACAGUCAGAAUAAACAAAGAUGGUCAACACUGGAGAAGUCAGCUGGAUAUGCUGCUACCACAAAGAAAAUUUGUUGUUAG